AGCCGUGGUGACUUUUCAAACUUAAAAAAAAAAAAAAAAAAAAAGACAUCAUGGAAGUUCUUUUGCAAAUAGACGUGUAUACGGAAUCUCAACUAAAAGAGAUUGAAUAGUUACUACAAAAGUUUGACUCGAUGAAUUGGAAUAUAAAAUCGGGAUUAGAUGAAGGAACCUGGAUACUAUUCCCCAAGAAGAAAUUCAUUAGUUUGGAACUAGUGGAUUCCUUUGCAUCAGAUACUAAGAUGAAAGAAUCACCGAUAGAUAGCGAAUGUGACAAAGCAGUGGCACCACAACUGGGGCAGCUGGAUGAAAUUAAGACAGAACCUGACAAUGCACAGGAGUAUUGUCAAGCCCAGCAGCCCAAAACUCAGGAGAAUGAACUGAAAAUAAACACUACAUUUUCAGACAGUGCUCCACAGUUGACUACAAGCAUUCAGCUUUCUCUGACAUCAUCUGGCAUGAAUAAAAUGCUUCCUUCAGUUUCAACCACAGCUAUUCAGGUUUCCUGUUCUGGUUGUAAAAAAAUUCUUCAGAAGGGGCAAACUGCUUAUCAGAGGAAGGGGUCUACUCAGCUCUUCUGCUCCACGUUUUGCAUCACCGAAUACAUUUCAUCUGCCAGUUCACCAGCUCUUCCCAAGAAAACUUGUUCAAACUGCUCAAAAGACAUUUUAAAUCUAAAGGAUGUGAUCAGUGUCCAGCUGGAUGACUCUAGCAAAAAUUUUUGCAGCCAGUCUUGUCUUUCAUCAUAUGAAGAAAAAAGAAAAGCAUUUGUUGCCAUAUGUACUAAUAACAUUUUAACCAAGUGCAGCAUGUGUCAGAAGACUACUGUUGUUCAGUAUGAAGUAAAAUAUCAGAAUGUGAAACACUGUCUUUGUAGUAAUGCCUGUUCUUCACUCUCACUUGAACAGCCUCCUGUGAUCUGUUGUGAGAACUGUAGGGCUUACGAUCACACGUCUAGUCUGUUGCAUAUACUUCCAAUGAAAGGCCAGUCCCAUUACUUUAUUAGUUCAAAGGGUAUGACAGCAUAUAAGCAGAAACCAGCCAAAACACUUACAUCUGUUCUUUGCAAAUCAUUGAAGCCCUCAGAUGAAAUGAUUGAGACCACCAAUGACUUGGGGAAGACAGACCUCUUCUGUUCUAUUAAUUGUUUCUCUGCUUACAAUAAAGCUAAGAUGGAAUCUUCUACAGUAAAUGUUUCCAUGGUACAUGAUGCUUCAACGGGGCUCUUUUCUCCAAAGAAAGAUACAACUCCAAUUAUAAGCAAUAUAGUGUCACUGGCAGAUACUCAUGUCUCCCUACCCAUCAUGAACUCUGAUGUCUCACAAGAUACAGUUUCUUCAGUAACAGCAAAUGUCAUUGUAGAUAGUUUACCCAGUGAAUCAAGUACUGCUGUUGCUAAUAAUAGUGUUGAACAGCCAAGCCUUUCACCAUCUUCAUCAAUAUCCAGUCAGAAUGCAGUUGGCUCCAGUGUAGAAGUACAGAAAGAUCAAGUGUCAAACCAAGAUGCUACAUACAAUAUGAAAUCUGUGAAAAUAAGUGAUGGACUAUGUCAUCCAAAAUUUACAUCCAAAGUACUAAAAGUUAAAGAUAAAUCACGAAGUAUUAAGAAAUCUUGGUGUUCAAAUUUCCAGCAUUUGAAAAGCAGUAUUAAAAAGGAUGUGACAUUCUGUUACUCAUGCCAGUUGUUCUGCCAAAAAAAUUUUAGUUGUGGAGGAGAAUCAUUAGCAGCCCAAGGAAUUUCUAAUUGGAAAAAGACUCUGGAAAAAUUCAGAAAGCAUGAAAAAAGUGAAAUGCAUUUGAAGUCAUUGCAGUUUUGGAGGGAAUCCCAGUUUUGUGAUGAAGCUGUCAAUGAUAAUUUAUCUAUUCAUUCAAAACAGAUGGAAGGAAAUAAAAAGUACCUACAGCUUAUAAUUGAAAAUAUUUUAUUUCUUGGGAAGCAGAGUUUAUCAUUAAGGGGAAAUGAUCAGUCGAUUUCAACUGUGAAUAAAGGCAAUUUUUUAGAAUUGUUAGAAAUCAGAGCAAAAGAUAAAGGAGAGGAAGUAUUCCGACUUCUGAAUUCACAAGUUGACUUCUAUAAUAGUACACAAAUUCAAAAUGAUAUUAUUGAAAUAAUAAAGACUGAAAUACUGCAAGAUAUUGUGAAUGAAAUCAAUGUCUCCCCAGCUUUUUCAAUAAUAUGUGAUGAGACAACUGAUAGUGCCACUAAAGAACAGCUUUCCAUUUGUGUAAGAUACCCACAAAAAAUGUCAAAGGCUGUCUUAAUAAAAGAAAGAUUCUUGGGUUUCAUAGAUGUUGAAGAGAUGACUGGGACUAACUUACAUAGAACUAUCAAAACUUACCUGCAGCAAAUUGGAGUUGAUUUGAGUAAAAUAUGCGGCCAGUCCUAUGAUAGUACCAUGAAUUUGAGGGGAAAAUUUAAUAAAGUUGCAGCAGAAUUCAAGAAAGAAGAGCCAAGAGCUUUGUACAUACAUUGUUAUGCCCAUUUUUUGGAUUUAGCAGUAAUUAGGUUUUGUAAAGAAGUAAAAGAACUCCGAAUUACUCUAAAUACUCUCAGCUCUUUGUUCAACACUAUUCAUAUGUCUGGGGAAAUGUCUGCACAUUUUCAAAAUACUUGUAAACUAGGUCAAAACAAAACAUGCAAGAAACAUACAUCACAAUCAUGUUGGACAGCCCAUGAUCGUAUGUUACUAUCAGUGAUCGAGGGUCUUCCAGAGAUUAUUGAAACACUGGAAUUUGUAGCAACCCAUUCUUCAAAUACAAGUUUGGCUGAUGAAUUGAGUGAUUUGUUAACAUUGGUUUCCAAAUUUGAAUUUAUCUUUUGUUUGAAAUUUCUUUAUCGAGUGUUAAGUGUUACAGGAAUUCUUUCCAAAGAGCUUCAGAGUGAAACCAUAGAUAUUUUUUCAUUGUCUUCAAAAAUAGAAGCAAUUGUGGAAUGUUUAUCAUCUGAAAGAAAUGACGUCUAUUUCAAAACUAUCUGGGAUGGAACAGAGGAAAUAUGUCAAAAAAUAACCAGUAAAAGUUUUGAAGUUGAAAGACCUUCUUUUCAGAAAAGAAGAAAAAUUCAGAAAACAAUAGAUCUUGGCAAUUCAGAUAGUACUUUUUUUCCUACCUCAACAGAAGAACAAUAUAAAAUUAAUAUUUAUUACCAAGGAUUGGACACUAUAUUAAAUAAUUUAAAAUUAUGUUUUUCAGAGUUUGAUUACUGCAAAAUGAAGCAAAUUUCAGAACUACUAUUUAAAUGGAAUGAACCGUUAAAUGAAGCAACAGCCAAACAUGUCCAAGAAUUUUAUAAACUUGAUGCAGACAUCAUCCCAGAACUUAGAUUUUAUCGGCAAUAUGCAAAGCUUAACUUUGUCAUAGAUUAUGAUUGUAUCAACUUCAUCAACCUUGGCUAUUUGUUUAUCCAGCAUGGUCUUCACAAUAAUAUUCCUUGCAUAUCAAAGCUGUUACAUAUUGCUUUGUCUUGGCCAGUUACUUCAAGUGCCGAAAACUCAUUUUCUACACUGCCUCGUCUUAAAACAUAUUUAUGUCAUACCAUGGGACAAGAGAAGCUUAGUGGCCUAGCCCUAAUGGCUAUUGAGCAGGAAUUGGUAAAUAAACUGAUGGAACCUGAAAGACUCAGUGGGAUUGUGGAAAAGUUUAUCCAUCCAAUGAAAGAGAUGUAACACUUGCUAAUUUGAGUUUUACCUAAAAGAAUUUUGUAUUUCUGCUGGAAUGUUUGUUUUUAUUUCAAAAUUUUAUCUCCUAAGAAAAUUUUUUUUUCACCAGAACAUGUAACAUUCACUUGAUUCAAAAUUCAAAAACCAGAAUGAUGUACAGUGAAAAGUCUCCUUCCCUUUUUUUUAGUACCCAGUUCUCCCUGUAGUGUUGUCUGUUUCUCAGAUAUCUUUCUGGAGAUAUUUUUCAUAGAUCAUACUCUGCAGUGCACACUGUUCUUCAACUUGUCUUUUCCACUUAACAUAUUUUUGAGAUUGUCCCAUAUCAGUACUUAAAGGGUUUCUUGAUUUUUUUUCAUAACUGCAUAAAUUUUCAUUGUAUGGAUGUACCAUAAUAUAUUUUCAUAGUUCCUAAUGACAAACAUUUUAAUUCUUCACAAUAUCUUGCCAUUAUACGUAAUGCUGCAUUUAAUAAUGUUACACAUAGGUCAUAUUGCACAUGAGUGAGUUAACUCGAAGAUAAAAUUUUAAAUUGGAAUUACUAGGUCAGAAAAUUUAUACAUUUUUAUUCUUGAUAGAUAACUGGCAAAUUGAUUUCUAUAAGAAUUAUGCCAUGCAUGAUGCCACAUCACCAACCAUAUGUGAGAUUGCCUAUUUCCUUCAAUCUGUAUAAACAUUGUUCCCAAA